CGUACCGUUAGCAUCAAGGGUGCGGUUUUAUUUUCAACUUUCCUAAUUCACGUAAUCAUUCGUCUCGUUUUGAACGUGUUUUAUUGUUUGUAUUCUACUACAUUCGUUGGACGCGUCGUGCGUAUUCAACCAAGGUGUUGUAAAAGAAGGGGGCUCGUUAGAGAGGGAAGCGUCAUAGUACUCGGUUUGCAAACUAGUACUUUGAGCACAUCGAGGAUUCUAUUUCUCAAGGUCAUCUGGCACGCGCUGCCGCGCACUCCUGCUCUCGUAGUGGGGGGGAUCGAAUCAGUGAUAUGACCUUAGUGGAAUCGAAGGAGGGGAACGUAUUACCGAUCAUGUUGAGCGUACAGCAACAGCAUCAUCACCACAAUCUUCACGGUUCUUCAACAACCAGUGCUCAAACUCAUCGCAGCAAUGUGAUUGUUUCCACUAGUAGUAUGCCGGCUAAUGACAUCAAGAUUCAACAACAUGGUUGCAAGCGAUCCAAGAUUUACGGUCAGACGACCGGUCCUUAUGGCACGGUUCCUCAUCAACCGGCUUCGGUUGCGAGGCGGAACGCUCGAGAAAGAAAUCGUGUUAAGCAGGUGAAUAAUGGAUUCGCCACUUUGAGGCAGCAUAUACCUCAAAGCGUGGCGCAAGCUCUUGGAGGAAAUACAGCUGGCACGCACGGCGGAUCUAGAGCCGGUAGUAAAAAGCUAUCGAAGGUCGAAACACUUAGGAUGGCAGUCGAGUAUAUCAGGAGUCUGCAACGUCUUCUGGAAGAACACGACAGUGGUUCGGAUGUCACGAGUGUAUCUUCGCCAACGUCGUCAUCACCUUCGUCGACCUCUUCCGCCUCAUCCACGUGUAGUUCCAAUAAUGGAAUCAACGUUGAAUCCAGUCACCAUUCUCCCGAGUUGAGACUUCGUAGCAAUGUCAACAAUGAACUCCGGCAUCAUAGUAGCUCGGACUUGCAUCGACAUCAACAUUUACGGCAAAAUCCUAGCCCAACAUUUGUACCAGCACCUUGUUCCGAAGCUUCGAGUUCGCCAACGCCGAGUUUUGUUUCCGAAGCGUCAUCAGCUGGCAGUCAAGGGUACGGAACAUCGGGUACUCUUUAUGCGACACAUUCCGAUGGUUAUGAUAAUUACGAGCCUAUGAGUCCCGAAGACGAAGAGCUGUUGGAUGUCAUCUCCUGGUGGCAACAAAGUCAAUGAGAAAAUCAGUGUCUACAUCGGUUCCGAUUUGGAUCCAUUCUUCACCACAAAGAAGUGAAAGAGUUGACGAGUAGGAGAAAGGGCCAAAAGGAGGCGAUAAAUAGCGGCUGUUUCUAUCCACUGUGAUCUAGUCAUAUCAAUAUUGUACAGAUGUAACUAUACGAGACGAGAAAAUUAUGUCGUUUUUAUUAUUAGAUUAAUGGUAAUUCUUUGUACUAGAGUAAAGAUUACUUAAUCUAGUACGUAUAAAACGGGUUUUCAAAAAUGCUUAUUAGGGUAGAAAGUACGAGUAUAGAAAUGUCAUAUCUCGUCGUUAAGAAAAAUCGAACGUUUGGACAUUCUCAAAGGAUGAAGCAUUCCUGAGUGCCUUACAAGUGUGGUUAAUAUUUUGUAGGAAACAUAACUUGACCAGUGUUCCAUUCAGAUAAAUCAAUUUAUUCUUAUAUUUCUAUUUUUAGAAGAAUGUUAUGUUGCGGCAUUGAGAAAGAUUCGAUAAGAAACGUUUUAAGAUAUUAGGUGUUAGUAUUAUAAGAAGUGAUUUGUUGUAAAGUUUAUAAAUGUUAUAGAAGUUAAAAAUGUUAAUGAUCCAAUCGAUACUUAAUGGGUGUAUCAGAGAAAUAAGAUAUUUAAAUUGUUUCACGUUAUUAUUUAAAGGAGAUUUCCUUGAAAGACACAUUGUGAAAUAUUUGAUUGUAUUAUAGUGAUUUGUAAUAAUAUUGUACAUAA